AUGAAUAAACAUAUUUGAAUGAACAUUCCAAAUAAGCUUGGAAAACUCCCAAGCAAAGCUUACAGAAAAAAAUCAGCUUCAACAAGAAUUGAUAGUCAAAAUAAAGAUACAAGUUUUGUAUUAAAUAAAAAGCCAACCCUUUUAAACUUUACAUCUCUACAAGCAGCAAGAAAUCAAGUAAAGCUUAAAAAAAACUAUUCAUUUUCUUCUCUUCAAGAGGCAAGAUACAAGUUUAAGGCACAUAAGACUGCGAGUAUAUCGCAAACAACGUGGGAAAAUAUUGGGGUUCUAGCAAAUCUAGAUUCUCAUGAGGAUUAUCAAAGAAAUAGUGCAAAUGUAAUAAAAUGUUCGGGGAAAGAAUGCCUAAUAUCUCAUCAGAGCAGCAUCUCUAAAAGUAAAAGCUUGUCAUCUUUGGAAAUGGAAAAUUUAGAAACGGACUCAGAUAUACUAAUUGCCCGAGAAUGGCGCUAUUUGCGCCAUUCUCUGGCAAUACGGAAAAUCGGCUCCAAACGGGAACGAUUUUCCACGUAUCGAGCCAUUUUUUUCACACGUGGAAUUCAGGAUUCUCACUGUGAAAAAAUGGCUUCACAUGUGAAAAAUCUUUCCCGUGUGGAGCCGAUUUUCGAUUGCGCGAGGAUGGCGCAAAUAGCACCAUCCUCGGGAAAUUUCUAUACUUCCUUUUGCCUGACUCCACCAAUUAGUUAUGAAAAUAGUGAAGGAGGUGAUUUUAUGGAUUUUUAUAGCGAAAUAACUUUUCGCAGCUCGACAAGCCAAGUAAACUCCCCUGCAAACAAUUCAGAAAACGUUUCAAGCAAUAAAAAAACUAGUUUGAAUGCAAACUAUGCUGAAGACAAGGCAAGCCUUAUAAAACCGCAGAGUCAUGAAUAUCAAGCAUCAUUAAAUAUAGAAAAUUCCUGGGGAUAGCGCGGAAUACGCUAUCCCCAGGACCAACCGGGAUCGGAUCCCACAUGGAACGAGGGUUCCAUGUGUGGAUCCAUUUUUUUCACACGUGAAAGUAAAUAUCUCACAUUUAAAAAAUGGAUCCACACAUGGAACUCCCGUUCCAUGUGUGAAUCCGAUCCCGGUUGGUCCUGGGGAUAGCGUAUUCCGCGCUAUCCCCAGGAAUUAUCUAUAUGAAGAGCGCCAUUAAAAUCGAUAGGCAUUCAAUAGAGCUGUAUUCUAAUUGCAAAGACAAUCUUAAAAGAAAAAAUAAUGACGAUUCCGAAGUCAAUUGCAGAUCAAAGAGAUUCAAAUUUUCAUCUAGUGAAUUUGCACACAAUAAUGAUUUAUACAGAAUUGAUGGCACAAACUAA